AAAAGAAAAAGAAAAAAAAGGGAGAGAGAGCCCAAGCCGACACGAACACGAAGAAGCAAGGAGCGAAGCAGCCGCGAGCCAGCCCAUCCCAAGUCCCAACCCACGAAGCAGCAGCAGCAGGCAGCCGUCUCCCCGCGCGCCCGAGCAACGCCGCGGAGAGCAGCCCGCCCGCCGGCGAGCACCGAGGGCGCAAUUCGUCCCCGGCUGGUCCCCGACCCGGUUCCCCGCCAAUCCCAAUUGCUUCCCCCCGCCCGGAGGUCAGCUCAAUUCCUGCUGUUUCUCGGAUUCGGUUCGGUUCCAUCAGGCGCGCUGUCGUCCCCGCCGGAGAUCCAGGCGGUACGAGCUCGCCGGAGUUCGGCGGGGUCGGGGAUCAUGCCUCCAUUGCUCUAGGGUUUGGGCAGGUAAUCGAAUUGGCUUGCCAGGCCUCGCAGCCUCUAUGCUCGAUUCGGGCCUGCCGCGCCGCUCCCUGGGAGGCUCCGUGAUUUCGCGGCGAUUGGUGCGGCGCCAGUGGAGAUGAGAUCCCCUCCAUGGCCGGCGAGCUGGGAAUUGGGGUACGGACUCACCCUCUGCAGGAAGCGGCGGAAGCCCUAAUGGUUUGAUCCUAGUUGGGUGCGGUGAGCUAUUCCUGAUUCGUGGUUUCUCUACUCUGAAUCCCAUAUCGGGUUUGCUGGGGUUGGUUGUAAUUGUAUGGACACAGUAAGGGAGGAGGCAUGGCCAGUGGCUGCACCACAGCAGCGGCAGCAACCACCGGUGCCCCGACCACAGCAGCAGCAACAGCAGAAUGGCCGUAUUGAUCUCAAGGAGCUGAAGGCUCAGCUGGAGAAGCGGGUUGGUCCGGAUUGCUCGCGGCGAUAUUUUGGCUACUUGAAUGGCUACUUAUCGGAGAGGCUCAGUAGGCAAGACUUUGAAAAGCUGUGCCUGCCAACCCUGGGGCGGGAGAACCUCCAGCUGCACAACCGGCUAAUCCGCUCAGUACUCUACAAUGCCUACCAGGCAAAGUGCCCGCCUCCACCAUCGGAUGUGGGGAGACCUGUGGGAGCAUCAGUAAAGAAGGUUUCUAAGGCUGCUGAAGUGUUGAAUGCUUGCAAUGGAGAUGCCAGGUUGUUGCAGGUUCAGGGAUCGAGUCCUAUUGGCACAGUGCAGGAUCAUACUUUGAAAAACCGGAUGAAUAACAUGGGUCCAAAUUGUAGGGUGACUGCUGCUGUCAAUCACAACCAGGUUGCUCAUGGUGUUUCUGGAUCUCUGGAGAAUGGUACUCCAAACACACUCGAGUUGAAGAGAUCAGUGCAGUUUCAACAGUGUGAACCUGCAGAGCCAUUGGCAAAGCAUCAACGUGUGGAGCAGUUGCCACCCAAUAAUCUGCUCUUGCAGAGAAGAAGUAUGAGCAGCACUGCAGAACAGUCUGCAGAAAUUUUGAAAAGUCCUGUCCGAGCUCCACUUGGAAUUCCGUUUUGUUCAGCAAGUGUGGGUGGUGCAAGGAAAUUUCCACCGCCACCAAUUGGUGUAAGUGAGGAUCGCUUUAACAUCUGUUUUGAUCAUGGUGGGCUGUCCAACACUGAGUUGCUGCAUAGACGGAUGGAGAAAACAGCAGAGACACUUGGCUUAGCUGGCGUCACAAUGGAUAGUGCAGAGCUUCUGAAUAGUGCUCUGGAUAAGUACAUGAAAAAUCUGAUUAGGUCAUCUGUUCAGUCAAUAGGAGGUAGUGUUCAGAGGAAUGCAAGGAAAGGGACACCAUCAUACAAGCAGCAAGCUUACGGAAAACAGAUUAAUGGUGUCUUGCUGCCAAACCAUGUUCACAUGCAAUCAGGCAGUGGGCCAUCAGAAGCCACAAAUGAGAUUAGAAGUAACCACUCGAUCUCCAUCAACGAUUUUAAAGUAGCCAUGCAGCUAAACCCUCAACAGUUAGGGGAGGACUGGCCAGUCCUUCUGGAGAAGAUAUGUCUAUGUUCUUCUGAGGAAAAUGACUGACAGAUGGUGCUUUUUUGACUUCACAUGAAGUUUUGUACCAAUGUGCUUCUUGGUGCCCAUCCGAUGUACAUUUGAACUGGAAGUGGCAAGACUACAGGCACAGCACAGAAUAUGCACAUACGGAGUCAAGGCAGAAUUCUGCUUUUGCAUUCAGCUGUCAGAGUUGUAGUGAAAAGAAGAGAUUCUUUUUCCUGAUAAAUGAUGCCUGAAUAAAGGAAAACAUCUUCUGUCCAUGCAGCUUAGGCCUCAUUAGCACUUACAGGGUGGAUAGUGUUACAUCCAAAAGUCCCAACUUCUAUGUAACAUCUGGCAUAAGGGACUGGGGCAGCAAAAUGCAAGUGCUGUCUUGUAACUUAUAGGAAAAAUGUUCUGUAAGUUUCUAGAUCAGGAUGUACAUUAUUGAUCGCAAAAUUUUCUAGGUAUCUUGAGUACUAAUUUCAGGGAUCUUGAGUGUUAAUUUUCUUUAAUUCUUUUGUAACUGUGCUUUGAAAAUUAUAUGUUAGAUCUCUAAUCUUUUACCUUUCUCUCA